CGUCUGAAUGCCUCCUCUUGGCCAAUGUUUCUUCUGAAGACUCUGAAUGGAGCAGAGAUGGCUCCCGUCCGAAUUUUUCACAAGGAGCCACCAUCUCCAUCCCAAAACUUCUUCAAGACAGGUAUGAAGCUGGAGGCAGUGGACAGGAAGAACCCUCACUUCAUCUGCCCGGCCACCAUUGGGGAGGUGAGAGGUUCUGAGGUCCUCAUAACAUUUGAUGGCUGGAGAGGUGCCUUCGAUUACUGGUGCCGAUAUGAUUCCCGGGACAUCUUUCCCGUAGGCUGGUGCUCGCUGACUGGAGAUAAUCUGCAGCCUCCUGGAACAAAAGUUGUGAUUCCAAAGAGCCCUUUACCUGCCUCCGAAGUAAACUCGGAGAAACCUAGCAUGCACAGUAGCACAAAGACUGUUUUGGGGCAUCAACAAGGGCAAAGGCGUCGCAAAACAGGGAAGAAGCGUGGUCGAACGACCAAAGCACUAAUCCAUCACCCCAUGCCUACACCCUCCAAGUCAGUGGAGCCUUUGAAAUUCCCCAGAAAGAGAGGCCCAAAGCCUGGCAGUAAGAGGAAACCUAGGACAUUGCUGAAUCCAGCACCCACAUCUCCAACAACCAGUACCCCAGAACCAGAUACAAGCACUGUGCCCCAAGACGCUGCUACAAUCCCCAGCUCUGCUAUGCAGGCUCCCACAGUUUGCAUUUACUUGAACAAGAACGGCAGCACUGGGCCCCAUCUAGACAAGAAGAAAGUUCAGCAGCUGCCUGACCAUUUUGGACCAGCUCGGGCUUCUGUUGUCCUGCAGCAGGCAGUGCAGGCCUGCAUUGAUUGCGCUUAUCAUCAGAAAAUCGUCUUUUCCUUCUUAAAACAAGGCCACGGGGGAGAGGUCAUCUCAGCUGUGUUUGAUCGGGAACAGCACACUCUGAACCUGCCAGCAGUAAACAGUAUCACCUACGUCCUCCGCUUCCUGGAGAAACUCUGCCACAAUCUUCGCAGUGACAACCUCUUUGGGAACCAGCCUUUCACUCAGAACAGCCACAUGCAGCGCUCACACGAGUACGACCACGACAGGUAUCUACCAGACAGAAGCAGUUCGUUAGACGGCACUCUGCAGGGACCAGGCCGGGGUACAAAGCGAUAUUCCCAAGAUUCCCCUCCAUACAGUGCUCCUCUCUCCCCCAAGUUACCAAAGAAUGACCGUCACCCUUUGGAAGGAUCCUGAAUUGAUGGUUGCUGCAGCCAAGGCUGCCCUGACCUUCACACGUCUGACCAGUUCUUCCUUGUUUGUAAGUAUGAGGUCCAGCAGAGCGUGUCUCCUCAUCAGCUCCUCGAUCACCCAUAUCAAAAAGUUGUCACCAAUGCGCUCCAGAAACCUGGAUUGCUUGUGCCCUGCCGUGUUGUCCCUCCAGCAGACAACAGGGUGCCUUAAGUCCGCCGUGAGGACGAAGGCCUGUGAACGUGGAGCUUCUUCCAAUUAUCUGAGGAAGGCCUCACUACUACUACUUUCUAAUCAGGUGGCCUGUAGCAGACACUCACCACAAUGUCACCUGUGCUAGUCUGCCAGCUAAUCCUAACCUAUAAGCUCUCAGCUGGCCUCUCACCUGUCGCCAGGCAGAGCUCCAUGCAUUCCUACUGCUCUCUCACGUAAAGGGCAACUCCCCCGCCUUGCCUUCCUGGCCUGUCCUUCCUAAAGAGCCUAUAUCCAUCCAUCACAGUACUUCACAGUACUCAAGUUCUGAGAGCUAUGCCACCAUGCCUCCAUGAUUCCUUUUGCAGGCACAAAUCCUCUUAUGAAGCUUUGCUGUAUUUUCAUUAUCAGUUGGAUGUGCAUACCUCUUAUGAAGCUUUGAUGUAUUUUCAUUAUCAGUUGGACAUGCAUAUUUUUCUGACCCAGCAAAUCUGGGUCAGGUAUCCUGGAUCUUCAUGAAUUCAGAUGAUUUUACCUCACAAAGGGUAAUUGAAUCCCCUGGAGGAUGGAGCCCUGCAGCAGAGACCUGUUUCAAUACUCGUAUCUCUGCUGUGCUAGCUAUGGUUUCCUUCUCCUUUUAUAAAUAUAUUGAGAUCAAUGCACUGGGCUGUGACCUGCUAACCCGUCUCAUGCCACCACGCUUUACCAUGAGUCAGAUGUUACCCUUUUGCAUGGAUGUUCCAAAAAGCUUAUGUUUAAUGGGAAGUAAUUCGUAUUUUAACAAAAACUUUACUGUUGUUGGAGAGGAAAUCAAAUGUAGUUCCCACGAAGAAGUUCCCAGUGCCACUGGUGUAAAUCACAUCCAUGGUGUGGGUCUGUCUGGACUCAGCCAAGGAAGUGCUAUCUGACCCUGGGCCAGAGCAGCCCAGGUGAGUUGGGUUUUUUUGCCCAGUCUUCUAGUGCUGCGAGGAGAUGGUGAGGGCGCAGAGCUGGCAUCUCAGUCUGAGGUCCGAAAGCUGUUAAGUUCUUCCCAAAGUUUCUUGCUAAGUUCAUGCUGCUGUGCUCCAGUUAAGGAAAUGCAGUUUGCCAGCAUCCAAAGUAAUAUCUGAAUACUACAGAGGUUGAGCCCUUCUUGGGCUAUUUCUCUUGGAAGCAUGUUGUUUUCUGCCUUUUUCAUCCUCUAGUUUCAACGCUAUUGCUCUCUGCAUUUGAAUAGAGAUUUUGGGGGCAAGUUCACUCUGAGGCAGGCAGCCCAUAGCUUCCCCAACUUUACCUCCUCUUUGCCAAACUUUAAUGCUCCUCUUUUCCGGCUUUCUGGCAAUUCAGUCAAGCAAAUGCAAGGCUAUCAUCUCCAUCAUUGCAACCCUCUUUCCUUUAGGUUUUGUUUACCAUGGUUGCAUUUGAAGCAUUUCUGCCUUUCUUUGAUUUUCAGGCCUCUGAAACUCUUAGAAACCAGCCGGACAUGCUUAAAAAGCUUGUGUAAAAGCAGUGCUGGUCUGAGCCCUGUCUCUUAUUCCCUUGGUCGCAUGUGCUGUAGGUUGGCCCACACGUCAGUAGUUUCCCAUGUGGGUAGAUGUUUUCACUUCAACAAGGAUCUCUGAUUCAAGACUAUCGCUGAAUAACUUCAAGGCCUCCUUCACUCCUGUCUUGUGCCAUUUUCCCUGCCAUGCUGGAUUUUCUCCUACUGUUACUGUGGUCCGUGAAGUCCAGGGAAGAAGCCCAGGCCUGACAGAUACAGUUUCUCUGGUUUCAUUUUUCCAUUCAUGUAGCCUGCUGCAGUGUUUGAAUGCAGCAGCUCAAAACUGUGAACUGUUUUAAGAGUCUCUUUGCAGGCGCUAGUAAAGGUGCCCCAAAUCUCAACCAGGUGCAGUGGCGUAGCCCGCGCAGGCAAUGCACCUCAUUCUAGGAACUGUUUUCCUCUUUCACUUUACAAUUUGCUGGGAAUUUCGUAGUAAAGAACCCAGGUAUUUGAGUAUCAUGAAGCAUCAGGUCCGCCUGGACUGAGACUAGGUUGUGCUGUGCCAUAGUGAAAUCUACAAACAUGUGGUCCUAGGAUGACUUUUUGAUGGCAUAACAGCAAAGGGAAAUCUUUCCUAGAUAUGAGAUUCACUUGCUAAUCUGCAGUUCAGGCUCAGCCAGCACAAUGUAACAUCCAGGAUAGUUUCCUCAGUCUCCCCAUCCUAACAUUGUCAUUGACAAUGCAAAUUAAAUGCAAGUUUGGAAGAUAAGGUGCAGAAGCCGGUCUGACACUGAGACCUCUGCACAGGAAGAGCCUUCUGCCCCAUGCUUCCUGUUUACGUCCCAGCAGUGGGAUGUGUGGAGUUUGACUGGAUCUUUGGGAACCUCCUUGCCCAGCUCAGAGCUAAUGAGUUCUUGAUCUGCUGGCAUCAAGAAAUGUUUUCAUUACUCAGAACAGGCAACCCUCCACCCUGCCUGCCCCUGGGCUGCUCUACUGUCGAAGGAAGGGCCUGUGAAAUCAGUAAAAGGAUGUGGGAAUGCAAGCAGGAGCUGGUGUUGGCAUUAACAGAGUAGCUGUUGAGACUCAAGUCUGUGUAUUGAGCAUUAUCAUUGUUAACUGGUUGGACUGGAACUUGCCAAUCAAACACCAGGUUGCAGCACUUCAGCAGUACAUCUUUUUGAUGUUUGUGCUUUAGAGGAGACAACUAGUCCAGUCUGAACCCUGUUAUCUUUGCUGCAUGUGAGCCCUGUGCACCCAGAGAGGCCUUUGCUGUAGUUCUGUUCUGCUUACUGCUGUUGGACUGUAACUUUGGGCAGCACCUGUACUAAUUGCAGCUUGGUGCA